AUGGUGAUUCGGCUCCCGUGUUACCGGAUGCAUCACUUUGGGAAAGACGGGGAGAGCCAAGCUCUGCUGGAGCCGUCACAGGAGCUGCCACUGUCAACAUCCAGACACCCCGCAGACCCCCAGACUCCCAGGAGGAGCCGUGGGGCAGUGGGGCUCAGGGGCCCCAUGCACCCUGCCCCUCAGACAGCACAGGGAAAGGGACAGAAAACGUGGGGCUCCUCCCUCUGCCCUCGCACCCCCCAGAGCCUCAGACAGACGGGUCACCACGCUCUCCCCGUGGUGCUGACUCCAUCCCCCAGGCCUGCGAGGUGGCCUUCCGGGUCACCAGGGUCCAGCCAGGGCCUUCACAUGCCCCGUAGGGACAUGGCUGCACAGUGGGGAGCCGGCCCCAGCAGCAGCUUAGCACCCAGUCCCUGGUUUUGGUUUUGCUCCCUGCUGAAGUUCAGAGAGCCUGUGACGCCUGCCCACCCCCAGAUGGACCCAGGAGGUGUCCUCGGUGGCCCCCGAGGCAAUGCCGAGCAUGGAACAGGGUCGGGGUCGGCAGGUACCGCAGGCUUCCGAGGGCUCACGUCUGCAGAGGGUGACGCCCUGCCGGUCGCAGGCUCUCCGGGGCCUGUCUGCUUGUUCCCUCCAGGCUCAGCCCCGGGCUCGACCUCCAGCCAAAGCAUGAGCGGCCUCGAGGUGGCUUCCCCAGGCCUGAUGGCCAACUCCUCCCUGGCCCCCACGGAGCAAUGUGGCCAAGAGACGCCACUGGAGAACGUCCUCUUUGCCUCCUUCUACCUCCUGGAUUUCAUCCUGGCUUUUGUUGGCAACUCCCUGGCCCUGUGGCUCUUCGUCCGGGACCACAAGUCCGGCACCCCUGCCAACGUGUUCCUGAUGCACCUGGCCGUGGCCGACCUGUCCUGCGUGCUGGUCCUGCCCACCCGCCUCGUCUACCACUUCUCAGGGAGCCACUGGCCGUUUGGGGAGAUCCCGUGCCGGCUCACCGGCUUCCUCUUCUACCUCAACAUGUACGCCAGCAUCUACUUUCUCACCUGCAUCAGCGCUGACCGCUUCCUGGCCAUCGUGCACCCCGUCAAGUCCCUCAAGCUCCGCAGGCCCCUCCACGCCCACCUGGCGUGCGCCUUCCUCUGGGUGAUGGUGGCCGUGGCCAUGGCCCCGCUGCUGGCGAGCCCGCAGACGGUGCGGACCAACCGCACGGUGGUCUGCCUGCAGCUGUACCGGGAGAAGGCCUCCCGGCACGCCUUUGCGUCUCUGGCCGUGGCCUUCACCUUCCCGUUCGUCACCACGGUCACCUGCUACCUGCUCAUCAUCCGCAGCCUGCGGCAGGGCCCCCGCGUGGAGCGGCGCCUCAAGAACAAGGCGGUGCGCAUGAUCGCCGCGGUGCUGGCCAUCUUCCUCGUCUGCUUCGUGCCCUACCACGUGCACCGCUCCGUCUACGUGCUGCGCUACCGCGGCCACCGCGCCUCGUGCGCCGCGCAGCGCGCGCUGGCGCUCGGCAACCGCAUCACGUCCUGCCUCAGCAGCCUCAACGGCGCCCUCGACCCCGUCAUGUACUUCUUCGUGGCCGAGAAGUUCCGAGACGCCCUGUGCAGCCUGCUGUGUGGCAAGAGGCUCCCGGGGCCGCCCCCCAGCGCCGACGGGAAGACCAACGAGAGCUCGCUGAGCGCCAGGUCGGAGCUGUGA